AUGGCCUACGAUCCAAACUACUACCAGCCCCCACAACGACCUUACGACGGGCGAGCAGCGCAGAGAGCCGGACCUCCGCAAGGUUCCUCGCAGCCCCAAGCGCCGCAGGGUCAAUAUGUUCCUCGACUGUACGACCAAUACCAGGACGAUGGCCACGGCUAUGACGAUUAUGGCAAUGGGCAUGCGCAGGAUCAGGGCUACGGUGGAGGAUAUCAGGGCCACGAUGGGGGAUAUCAGGGGCUGGCUGGUGGGGGGCGAGGGAAUGGAUAUCCGCCGCACAAUAACAAUUACCCUCCUCAGCAAGAGUACUACGGGAACGAGAGCGGCAGAGGGGGAGGGGGGAUGCUGCCACCAAGAGGAGGAGGCAGAGCUGGGCCUGGAGAGAGACCCCCUAUGCAGAGACCACCGACCGGCGACGGGCCCAGAGGGGCGUAUGAUUCGCGAGGUGGUGGGCAAGGCAGGGGAUAUCCAAACGGAGGCCCAGCUGGAAGAGGAGGCAGACCUGGUCCUCUCAACCGACGAGGAAAUUCUGAUCCUACAUCGCGAGGACAAAUACAAGGACAAGCUAUGCCUCGCAAACCUCUCAAGUCUCCACUCAUGUCUCCAGAACAAGCUGCUUGGGAUAGCCCUUUCCCUACAUUCCCAGGCGCAAAGAAGAAGACAUCAAUCUCGGAAGAGCAAGACAUCUUGCAGAAAAUGGCAGCCAUGGAAGUCGGAGGGCCACCAGCGCAGAAUAGGCCGAGAGGACCUGGUAGCCAAGGUCAGGGAGCAUAUCCGCUCAGGGGCUCAUCGGUGGACAACUCUGGACGGUCUUCCUUGGAUAAUCAACGGCGGCCUCCACCAGACCAUUAUGGACGGAGUUCGGUAGAAAGCUCGAGAAGCGGACCGGGCCGAGGAUAUCCUUCUCAAGGACCACCUCAACAAGGAUAUUCCGAACCUCGCAGAGGUCCACAUGGAUCCAGUCCCGGCUAUGGUGCACCGAGACAAAACGGAUAUGGGGGUCCCGUAGGCGCAAACGGAUGGGGAGGCGAAGGUUACGGACCACCUUCCCGAGGCAUGAAUAUGCCGAGCGAAGCGCCGAUUCCACAAGGGCGUCAGCCUCCAAUGGGCGGACUGGGUCAAGGUGCGCCAUACAGCGGCCCGGUAGGUCGAGGAGCCCAAAGACCUGGUACCGCGAACGGAAACCGACCACCUCCUCAACGAUCAUAUACGACCCAGCCGCCUACUGCAGAUCCAUAUACCAACAACGCACGUCACUCGGAUGGAAAUUACGACUAUCGAGAGAGUGUAAGCGACCUUUAUGAUGCUUACUAUGAGGAACCCCGCCAAGGGAGACCUGACUCUGAAGCUUCGGAAAUGCCAAAUUUUGAUGAUGCUCCUGUUGCUCCUGGAUUGCACAGGAGAGGUACUUCGAUUGAUGCGCAUAUUCAGCCGCCGCAGCAGAAUACUUAUAACCAGAUGAGGCCCAAGGAGUCUCAACCAGAUUUUAGACACCAGGUUCAACCUCAGUCAGCGAUUUUUGAAAUGGCUGGUGAUGCGCCUCCCAUGCCAGACGAUUAUGCUCGGGAUGAUGGUUAUGGGAAUGGGUAUCAUCAAGGUUCCAGGGGCUAUGGUGGAUUUGACGAUCCACCACAACAGAAUGGUUUUGUACCUCCGCCUCGCAGCCAGUCAGCAGCUCCAGGAUCCGGGCGUGGGCCUCCUCUGGGUUCCUUGUCAAAUGGACCCAGACCCGGAUUCAAUGGUUUUGCCCAAGAGCCAGGUCCCAACCCUCAAAUGGGAAGAACAAACGCAAUGCCCACUCAAUCAUCCGCCGACAGCUUACCUUGUCAUCCAGUACCAGUUCGUCCUGGCUUAACAGCAAACUCAGUUGCCAGCCAAGCGAAUCACAAGCCACCUCCGGUUCGAAACUACAGCAAUAUCACGACUACCCAGCAACUGCAACAGACGCCACCGCCAAUGGAUGGAGCUUCUCCCGCUGUCAACGCUGUCAAGCCCGACGACCCAUCUACGGUCACUUCCGCAGAGCUCGAGCAGUUGAGAGUGACUGUAAAGAAUAAUCCAGCUGAUCAAACUUCCGCGAUGCUGCUCGCCCGCCGACUAGUAGAUGCUGCAGAUGUGCUGGCCCCCCGAAUCCCGGACAAGCGAGCUCAAGCCAAGAUGCGCGAAAGGUACAUCAUGGACGCUCACAAGAUAAUCAAAAAGCUCAUCCACCAGCAAAAUGUGGAAGCCAUGUUCUACCUCGCCGACUGCUACAGCCGUGGCGCCCUCGGCCUCGCACCUGACAACAAGGAAGCCUUUUCACUUUACCAAAACGCCGCCAAAGCUGGCCACCCUGCAGCCGCCUACCGCACAGCUGUUUGUUGCGAACUUGGAAAUGAUGAAGGCGGAGGAACCCGCAAGGACCCCCUGAAAGCGAUCCAAUGGUACAAGCGUGCCGCCUUGCUGGGCGAUACGCCAGCCAUGUACAAGAUGGGUAUGAUCCAGCUUAAGGGUCUUCUCGGGCAGCCGAAGAAUCCUCGCGAAGCUGUCGGUUGGCUCAAACGUGCGGCCGAGCGCGCAGAUGCUGAGAAUCCACACGCUUUGCACGAACUCGGUCUCCUGUACGAAGCGCCACAAGGAGGGGAUAGCUUCAUCGUCCGCGACGAAGCGUACUCCUUCUCUCUGUUCAGCGAAUCUGCCGACCUCGGCUACAAGUUCUCUCAAUUUCGUCUCGGUGCCGCGUACGAGUACGGACUGUUUGGGUGCCCGAUCGACCCCAGGCUGAGUAUAAUGUGGUACUCAAAGGCCGCGGCGCAAGAGGAGCACCAGAGUGAACUCGCGCUUUCGGGUUGGUACCUGACAGGCAGCGAAGGCGUGCUGCAGCAGAGCGACACGGAGGCUUAUCUCUGGGCGAGGAAGGCGGCUAUGGCUGGGUUGGCCAAGGCGGAGUAUGCAAUGGGUUAUUUCACCGAGGUUGGAAUCGGGAGUCCGGCAAACUUGGAGGAUGCAAAGAGAUGGUACUGGAGAGCUGCUGCACAAAACUUCCCCAAAGCCCGUGAGAGGCUGGAGGAUCUCAAGAGAGGCGGUGGCAAGGCUGGCCCCACAUCCAGAGAACGUAUCUCGCGAUCUAAGGUUGGAAAGCAGAAUGAAGGAGAGUGUGCUGUUAUCAAGGGAGGAUGGGCUGGACCCGUGUACGUGGAAGGCAGUCUGCAUUAUAUGGCUCUAGUUGGGAAGAAGGAUGUUACGAUAGGGAGAUCAUAUCACUGGCGUUGCUACUCGGAUGAUUGGGCUGGGAGAAUUUCUGUAUUUGUACACUACGGUGCCUCAGGGUCGCUGGUUUGGAGUUCUUUGCAUGCAUAUAUUGCGCUUGAUAGGAGUCUGGCGGCGGGCGUCUACAACACAUGGAUGCAGGAUCUCUAA